AAGACAAUUUCGAAUUCAGUAGCUACCAUUUUCUCAAGAAACAAUUCAGUUUCUCCAGUCACUUUUACAACAAUGACGAAAGAAAAAUCAGUAAUUGCUGUAAUUAGAGCCGCAAGGCCAACUUUCAAAAACAACGCCGAUAAAGUAGUCUUCGCCGCUCACGCCUCCUUCCUCUCCGACGGUUACGUCCUCACCGCCACCGGUCCUCCCGCUUUCUCCGACUCCGCUUUUUACUCUUCCUCCACCGAAGAGGUAGGGUUUGAAAACUGGAACGAUUCAGAAAACGAGUACGCGUUUGUCUAUGUAAACCCUGAGAAAAACGGGAAAAAAGUGCUGGUCAAGUAUUUGGUUAUUAAUGAUAAAUUGUUUGUUGAUGCUUUGGCUGAUGGUGUCCCGGAGCCUGUUCAUCUCGAAAUCAUGAUUGGUGAGUUUGUUGAUGAGAAUGGAGGUACAAAUAUUUCUGAUCAAUAUAAAAAUUUGGGGAAGCUUGUUAAGAGUAUAGACAAGGAAGUUUUGUCUAAAUUGGAUGGUUCUUCUUCAAAGAAAUCAACUUCGUCGAGCAGUCGAUCAAAAUUAGAAACGAGUGAUGCAUCAAGGGGUGGUAUAAAUGAGUCUGGUGUUCGGCCUCAACCAGUAGGCCCUCAAAUUCAUCCUUCAGGAACUGUAAUCCCUCCUAUCAAUACAGAUAGAGGUAGUGAUCUUUUUCCUGGUCCUGGUGCUGGGAUGUAUCCAACUAGGGAGGGCUUUGGCGGUGGUAGCAUGCUUUUAGGGCCUAAUGAUCCUCGCUGGUUGAUGCCUGGACAUCCAAACCGCCCUGAUAUAUAUCCAGGCUUUCCUGGUGGGCAACCGGGUGUUCCUCCAGGUGCUCGUUUUGAUCCAUAUGGCCCCCCUGGGGUUCCUGGCUUUGAGCCCAACCGAUUUGCAAGAAACCCUAGGCGCAGUGGGGGAACUCAUCCGGACCUUGAGCAUUUUGGCGGUGGUUCCGAUUUCAUUUAGAGUGCAUAACCUUGUGGAAAAUAUACACAAUCUGAGAAAGCUUUCCAAAUACUAUACUCUAUCCGUGCUACAGACUAGAAGACUGUAUAUAUAGUAAGAAGUUUUGAAAUGUCACUGGCUUUAAGUUUUAACAGCUCAAGUUUUUAUGUAUAUGCGGUCGCCAAAGUUGGGCUUUUGGUAUGAAAAAUUCAACAUUUUGUAUGUACGGACUCAGUAUGCACUCGGGCCAAAUCUGCAUGACCUGUUGGAUAUACUAGUCUUGUUUCUUCUAGAGUUGACAUAUUUUUCCCUUCUAUAGCCUUUGCUGUGGCCUUGUAGGUGUUGGUUAAUUAAUAGGGCAUUUUAUAUAAAAUACUGAUUUUGGCA